GCAGCACAUAAAUGAUUGUCAAAUACAGCACUCUGAAUUACAACAAAACUAGAUACUACAAAAUCCACCGGUUUCAGAAUCCCAUCUGCUACGACAACUAUAAAUUCUUAUCUCAAUAUCUCUCCCUAUGCAUGAAAUUUCAACUCUAUUGAGAACAGAGAAAAAAAAAUCAUAUCAGUUUUUUUGAGAUACCCGUGUAAUAAAAUACCAAGAUGUGUAGAGUGACAGAGAAUCAGGGAUUUUAUCAAAGCGAAAGAGAUAGAUUGAAAAUCAAAGCAUUUUAUCUCCGAUUAUCAGUUUCAAAAGUGAAGAAGAAUCAAUUACCAGAGUCAUUAACAUUACUGUAUCUACCAAGAAUUAAUGAAAGUCCAUUAGAAAUCAACGACACAAAAAUUAGAUCAGACGCAUCAGGAUUUAUAACACUUUAUAGAAUGAGAUCUGAAGAAGAAAAAAAGAAAAGGAUUAUGAUGAUGAAAGCUGAAGAAGAAAUUGAAGAAGAACAAGAAGUAAUUUAUGCUAGUAGAGAGAAAGUAAGAGUAAGUGAAGGAGUUAGAUUUGAAGUUUAUUCAAGAGAAGACAAGAUUUUAAAAGGAAUUUAUAGAAAAGAUAUAUAUGAUGAUUGGAAACUGGAAAGUAAAUGUGUUCUUGAAAAUGAUCCUUCAGGGUUUAAGAUUUCUGAAGCUGAGAUUUUUGUAAGUGGAGAUGGAAAUGUUUCGAUUAAUGAGAAGAUUGAAAUUGUGAUUAAGAGAAGAAGAAAGAACAAUAGUAAGAGAAGGUUUUUUAAGGUUUUGGAAGAAAUACCAGAAGAUAGAGAAGAAGGAGAGGAAAAGGAGGAGAAUGAAUCUGAUAGCUCUUGUUGUUGUUGUGGUGGUGAUGAUGAGAUGAUUGGAAGCGAUUUGGAUGAUGAAAGAGAUUUUGUGGAGAAAAGUGGUAGUGAUGAUGAAAGAACUUGGGCUGUUGAUGUUGGAAUCUGGGUUAUGUGCUUGGGUGUUGGAUAUUUGGUUUCCAAAUCGUCAUCAAGAACAUUAAGAAGAAGAAGGAUGAUGUUCAGAUAAACCAAAAGUUAAGCUCUGGUUUUAUUGAGAUUCUUACUUGUAAAAUUGAAUUACUAUAGAAAAGAAAUUGUAUCUUGUGAGGUUAAUAAGAACUGCGAUUUGGCAUAUAUUUCUUCCGAA